CGGGUGUGCAGUAGUGAACCAGGAAGGCACAGGGAGCAAGGCACACGGCAGGAAUGGGGUCGUUGCCGGUGAUUUUUGUACUGGCGCUCUCUGCGGUCGCCACUGCUUUGGACAAUGGUCUGAUGAGGACCCCUCCCAUGGGCUGGUUGGCGUGGGAAAGGUUUCGCUGCGACAUUGAUUGUGAGGAUGAUCCAAAGAACUGCAUCAGUGAGGCGCUCUUCAGAGACAUGGCGGACAGGUUGGCAGAGGAUGGCUGGAAGGAGCUGGGAUACGUUUACAUCAACAUCGACGACUGCUGGGCCUCCAUGGAGCGUGACAGCAACGGCAGACUGCAGCCAGAUCCACACAGGUUCCCCGGGGGAAUCCCCAAGCUGGCGCGUUACAUCCACGACCGCGGGCUGAAGCUGGGCAUCUACGGGGACCUGGGCACCCACACCUGCAUGGGCUACCCUGGCACCACGCUAGACAAGAUCCAGACAGACGCACAGACCUUCGCGGACUGGGGCGUGGACAUGCUGAAGCUGGACGGCUGCUACUCCAAUGCCACAUACCAGGAGCAGGGCUACCCACUCAUGUCAAAGGCUCUAAAUGCAACAGGUCGUCCCAUUGGCUACUCCUGCAGUUGGCCUGCCUAUCAGGGAGGGCUCCCUCCUAAGGUGAACUACACACAACUGGGGGAAAUCUGCAACUUGUGGCGCAACUAUGGUGAUAUCCAGGACUCAUGGGAUAGCAUAUUAAACAUUGUGGACUGGUUCUCAGCCAAUCAGGACAUCCUACAACCCGCUGCCGGCCCCGGUCGCUGGAAUGACCCUGACAUGCUGAUCAUUGGAGACUUCAGCCUCAGUCUGGACCAGUCACGCUCUCAGAUGGCUCUCUGGGCGAUCAUGGCGGCGCCGCUCUUCAUGUCCAACGACCUGCGAACCCUGAACAGCCAGGCAAGGACCAUCCUACAAAACAAGGCUGUCAUCGCUAUCAACCAGGACCCUUUGGGCAUCCAGGGCAGACGCCUGCUGAAGGAGAAGAGUGGUAUUGAGGUGUUCUGGCGCCCCCUGUCAAACUCAGCCAGUGCGCUGGUGUUCUUCAGCCGGCGGACUGAUAUGCCGUAUCGGUAUACAACAUCUCUGGGGAAGCUCAACUACACGGCUGGCAGCUACAAGGUAUAUGACGUCUUUGCCGAGGAACUGAUGCCGGGACUGAGUGACUCCACAGCAUUCACCGUCUCCAUCAACCCCUCUGGAGUGGUCAUGUGGUACAUCUUACCCGCGGUAACCUGGGAGCAGUCGCAAGGCAGCGGCGAGUACCCCGACUUCCGCCGAAAGUACCGGGUGUCCUCGCGGCUGCACCACUCGAAGGACUCGAAACCAUCCUUUCUGCUUUGACUCUAACAGUAAGAGGACAGGGCUACCGUCCCCCGACACUCAGGGAAAGCCAGUCAAUUAAUGUUUACAAUCAGCCAAUCAACAGGGGCCAUGCUGAUGGUGGUCUGUGUCAGGUUUCUGACUGAUGAUAUAUGCUGGAAAAAAAAUGGUUGGGUGAUUUUUUUCUUGUGCUUUUUAAUUAUUGCUGUUAAACUGUGGCGUCUUUGAUAAAGGGAAGACCACAGCAGAAUAGCACAGUAUUGAUGUGAUGAAUGAAAGAAUCUCAUCCAAAGAAUCCUGUGGGAUGGCCAGGCUGAGUGCAGGACAGGGCCAGCCAAUUAGGGGUCAGGAGUACAGGGCGUGAUGGGAGGGGCCACUUCAUCUGCUUUCACAAAGCCUGAAUGUCAGCUCUGUGCCACUUCCACGGGUCAUCAUGUCCUAUUUUAUAUGACUGCUGCGUUUUACUUUUUUUACUCUGAAAAUCAUGUUUGCAAGUGAUUAAAAUGUCUAUU